CGAUCAGCAGUAUGACGCGAGCAUUUGAUGAAAUAUUAAUUUGGUGUUAAAUGGUCGGAUGAUUUGUUUUGUGAGACAAGCUAGCGAGUGGUGAAUCAUAAAUUGUGCAUUUGCAAAUCAGAGCGAAUAGUGCAACAAAUUCACAUGAAAAGUGAAAAUCUACAGCUCAGAAAUAGUGAAAUAUAGCAAAAGGAAAGCUGCUAGAUUGGCAGAAGCAGCAAGGAAAGUGGAUACGCGCAGACGCGACGACCAAAAAGGAAAGGAAAAGAAUCGCGUGCGCCGUGAAAGAGGAGUUGGCGAAAAACUGAACAAAAAAUUAAAUAUUAAAAAAAAAAUUAAAUAAAAAUCGACAAGCUUACACGCGAAGGCCUAAUUGCAAUUAAAAUCGGAGACUGUGUUUUGUGAACACUUGGCUGACGUUGUAGUUCAAGCAUAAAUCAUUUAUUGGUGGUGAUCUCUUUUUGCCGAGUGAAGUGUAAAGUGUCGUGUUAAAGUGCCGCUAACUAGCAAAAAUGGGUUGUGCUGUGAGUGCAUCGCGCGAUAAGGAGGCGGUGGAACGUUCGAAAAGCAUCGAUCGAGCGCUUCGAAUGGAUGGCGAACGUGCGGCUACAGAGGUGAAAUUACUACUCUUGGGUGCUGGCGAAUCUGGAAAAUCCACUAUUGUUAAACAGAUGAAAAUCAUCCAUGACAAAGGCUACUCACAAGAGGAGUGCGAACAGUAUCGUCGCGUUGUCUACAGCAACACCAUACAGAGUAUGAUGGCUAUCAUACGUGCUAUGGGUCAUUUGAAAAUCGAUUUUGCGGAUCCUUCGAAAACGGAAAUCGCACGUCAAUUCUUCACAUAUGCAUCGACAGCGGAGGAGGGCAUACUACUACCGGAAAUUGUAUUGCUCAUGAAGAAACUCUGGGCCGAUGCCGGUGUGCAACAGUCCUUCUCGCGUUCUCGUGAAUACCAAUUGAACGAUUCGGCUGCUUACUACUUGAAUUUGUUGGAUGAAAUCUCGAAGCCAAAUUACAUACCAACGUUGGAGGAUGUGUUGCGGACACGUGUAAAGACUACGGGCAUCGUGGAGACACAUUUCACAUGUAAAGGCAUGCAUUUCAAAAUGUUUGAUGUUGGUGGACAGCGAUCGGAGCGCAAGAAAUGGAUUCACUGCUUCGAAGGUGUAACGGCAAUUAUAUUUUGUGUCGCAUUAUCGGGAUACGAUUUGGUGCUUGCCGAAGACGAGGAAAUGAAUCGUAUGAUCGAAUCGCUUAAACUCUUCGAUUCAAUUUGCAAUUCUAAAUGGUUUGUGGAAACAUCUAUAAUAUUGUUUUUGAAUAAGAAAGAUUUAUUCGAAGAGAAAAUUAAGCGAUCUCCACUCACCAUCUGCUUUCCGGAGUACACAGGCCCCAACACAUAUGAGGACGCUACCAAUUAUAUACGCAUCAAAUUCGAAAGUCUCAACAAACGAAAAGAUCAGAAAGAGAUUUAUACACAUCUAACAUGUGCCACCGAUACGAACAACGUACGCUUUGUAUUCGAUGUCGUCACCGAUGUUAUCAUUAAGAACAAUCUCAGAGAUUGUGGCCUCUUUUAAGUUACACACAUUUACACUUAUUGAUAUAUUUGCAUUUAAGUCAGUCUUCUCCACACUAUUGCACAUGCAUAACCAUGAGUGCGUUUGUAUGUAUGUAUUUGAGUAGUGCUUUAUGUAUGUUUAUUAUGGCAAUUUUCAUUGCAAACUCAAUGCGUCAGCUGGUUUUCAUUAAAGCUCAUUUAUCUAUACAUUCCAAUGGUUUAGCGAUAUUAAAUCGCUUGAAGCCACUAUGCCUACAACUUACAUAGGUAGUAUUUAUGUAUGUACCUCAAAAUUAUUUAACGGCAUGUGCUGAGAACCAGCACAGAUCUGUUUGUAAAGGUCUUGUUUUUCGAGGUCUUUGAAUGUUGCAUAGGCAUGCAUAUGACAUUAAAAUAUAUGUAUGUAUGUAAUGUAAGUAUUAUAAUAACACUACUUGAGAAUGCAGUUUCAAAUUUGUAGCUUUUGUGUAGAUAUUUAAGUAGAAAAAACGUCGCAAAGUCUUAUUAUUACUCCGCGGAAGGUGUGACAAUAAUUUGCUCCGGUCAAACGAAGAGUUGAACACGCAAAACAAAAAUAUUUAUUGAGUCAAAAAAAUAUAUGUAUAUUAAGAUACAUUAAUUUUUAUACAGUCCACGCUUUAGCCCACAUAGAAAUUUUUACAUACAUAUGUACGAGCAUAUGUGCAUAAUUUGUAACAACAAUUUUUACAUGAACAAUUAUUAUGUAUAGUCUAAAAUCAAUGUUUUUCUGCAUUCCAUCGCAUAUCUGUUCCAUUUCAUAAGGAAGUGAAGUGUAUCGAAUAUUAAUAUUUUUUAUAAAGAAAUUUUCUUUUUUUUAUUUUGCAAAAUAAAACCAAUUUGGCAUCUUAUUUUUAAGAGAUACAUAUUAAUUCUUGCUACUGCAGAUGUAAGUGCAGUUUGCUAUUUAAUAUUCAUAAUUAAUUAGUUCAUAUUUUACGAUAGGGAAGAAUUUCGUAACUUUAGUUUUACUGUACA